UGGUUCCUCUUUCGUUUCAUUUGCCCUUCCGCCCAGCACCAUGCAGGCUGAGUGAACGCAGCGACUCCUCCGCCAGGCACGAGGCGCGCGUCUCGAAGGGGGCUGGCGGUCGAUCGUCGCAGGGACACCGAUGUGGCCGUGGGAGUCACCGAGGCAGGCGACUCGCGGCCCGCGUGAUGCAGGAAGGAGCCUGGGCGAGGUGGAGAGCCGUCGUCUCGCUCGCCCUCGGGAUUGUAUUCAUCACCAGGCUGGUGUCCUGUCAAGACUGCAGUGCAGAAUUCUACAAAACGACUGACAACAUCUGUUGCAGGCUAUGCCGUGCAGGAACUUACAAGGCAGUGGACUGCACAGAGAAUGGAAAGGAUGCUUUCUGUUUGUUGUGUCCCGAGGGCCUCUACAUGGAGACAGAUAACCACGCCACAUCCUGUAACCCGUGUAAGAAAUGCAGAAAAGACGAAACCAUUAAAACUCCAUGCACUAUCGCAUCGAAUACCCAGUGCCGGUGCAAAGAGGGCCUUCAGUGGAAUCCAGAGACCAGAACUUGUUGGAUGACCGAGCCAGGUGCGAUAGUAAAACCAGUGGCGCAUUUGGCCACGUUCAUUCUUUUUUUGCUUCUGAUUUGGAUCGCUCGACAAACGUGGAAGUUAUUCAAAAAUCUAAUAAAAAAAAUAAGGGAACCAAAGGAUCAACUACCCAUCGUCUGGCCCCAUACAGUCGAGUUGGAAAUGCUGAUUACAAAUGCUGACGAUGAACUGGGGGGACCGGCGUUCUUUUUACUGAAAACCAAGAAGAGGGAAUUGAAGCUCUGGCUCAGAGUCAACCCAGAGCACCUUCUGGAGCAUCUCGACAGCAACAGCCUGAUGUCACGUGACUUCUACAAACGAGUCACCGCCUUGCCGCUGGAACAACGCAUCAACGUUCUGGUCACACAUUUCAUGGAGGGCGGAGAGCACCAAUGUCGUGUCCUGCUGAGGGCCCUUUUUGAUGUGAGAAAGACUUACGCUGAGAUGUGGAAUUGGCUGAUCGCUAUGGACAGGAACGUGAAGUUAAUCAUCGUGGAAGGACAGUCACUGAGAGCUAUUCGCACGAAUAAACUUGAACUUAAGCAAUGGCUGAGCUCCAAUCCGAGUCACCUCGUGGACAAGUUGGAAAAAUACGGAUUCCUGACAGCUUACAGGGCGUCUUCGUUCACAAACAACAAGGAAUGCGCCUUGAAUGUUCUGAAUCACUUCAUCGACCGAGGGGACGAAGGCUGUGAGAAGCUCCUGUUUGCCCUUCAAGCCGUGCACGUCCACUACUCCCACUUGCACGAGUGGCUACACUCUCUCGGGUUCUUCAUGGAAAUUCUGAACAACUCCCCCUUAUUUAUCAUGCAACGCAGCGACGCUGAACUCAGCAAUGCUCUGCAGAAUUCCCUCCCAAACCUGAUUUGUAUCCUGCAAAGUGAUGUCAAAUUUCUUCUACGUCACCUCCUCCAACAAAACCUCAUCACUAAGGAGACAGAGGCUACGUUGCUUGGAGAUGCAACGGAGAUGAAGAAGUCUGUCACGCUGCUGCUGGAUGUCGUGAAGAAAUAUCCGCGUUGCGCGAACAGACUGUGGGAGAUCGUGUGGGGUCUCCGAGAUACCCACCCACAGCUCACGGAGUUUUGUCUGCAGCUUUGAGACCCCCCCCCUACCAAAAGUAAUCUUUGGUUGAUUAUAACAUUUAUGCAAAACAACAAAUUUACAGCGAGUCAGCUUCGAGGGGAAUUGUAUAUGGGUGGGUGGGGAUAGUACGUGGUGACAUCUCUGCUUUAUUGACCUGGCCAAGACCUAUGUUAUCAAUAACAGGCCAGGGCUGUGAGCAGUUCUUCAUCCUUUCGGAGUCCCUGACUUUCUGUUCACAAUCAUUAAGGGCCUUCAUGAUGGUAGGCUACGUAGCCAGGAGUCGGAGCCAUUCCCUGGUCACCUAGGGGUGCGACAGGGAUGUCCUCUGGC